GGUAUUAUGAUCGAUAACCCAGUAGGUAACCAUAGUAACCCAGUCACUAUGGACGAUAACUCUUCCUGGGAGAGGAGCUUGUUCACUGUGCUCGUCGGAAUCAUCACAGUCCUCUGCAUCCUCCUCAACGCCAUGGGGAUCUAUGUGUUCAUGAGGCUACCCCGCACCCCUUCAAACCUCGUGUAUCUCCACCUCUGCGUAACAGACCUCAUAGUGGGCCUCUUCGUCACUCCUUACAGCAUUGUCAUUCUUAUGCAGGGUCUUGAAGCCAAGAACGAUGUGUACUGCAUACUACAGGGGAUCAUGUUCGAGAUCAGUUACACUACCACCCUCUUCAUCCUAACUUACAUCAGUCUGGAUAGGCUGCUCGCUCUUUAUCAGCCGCUAAAGUACAAGGAGCUCAUGUCGGCACGUGCUGUGUUCUGGAUUAACAUCGGAACUUGGAUUGUUCCUGUGAUCAGACCAAUCAUUCGAUACAUCAUGAGAGUCUUCGGCCACUCGUUAUGGACGAAUGAUGGGCUUCCUCAAAAGUAUGGGUAUUCUAAUGACAAGUACCUCAUGGUCUGCUACAACACGGACUACAUUAAUUUUGCCAAGAACGCAGACAACAGUUUCUUCCCGAUGAUUGACAUGUGCAUAGUGGUGGUGGUGUGCCAGCUCACAACCCUCAUCAGCUCUAUUCUCGUUGUUGCGCGGUUGUCUCAUCGUCUUCAUCUGAAGAAGACGAGUGAAAAUGGAGCAAAACGACAGUCAACCUUGAGGAAAUCAACUAAAGAUACCACCAACAUGACCUCCGUAUCAGGGAAAUCAAGUGUAAAAAGAGGAGGGGUCCGCCACUUCCACCCUUCGCCAGAUGACAACUCUGCAGCAGGAGACCUCUCAGUUACCAUUAGAGACGAGGAGAAAACAAUCGGCAACGACAUGGACGACAGUCUGGAUUCGGGCCAAAACACCAAAAAAGUAGGCAGGAAGAAACGUCAAGCUGAGCGUCAUGCCAUCAUCACCAUGGUGACGGUGAUAGCGUUUUUUAUCAUCACCUAUACGCCGAGUUUCAUUUGUUUCAUAGUGCCGGGUAUCUACGACAUGGCUAAAGGUAACAACAACCUCUGGAUCUUCCUCGUGGUAGAUUACUGUACUUUUAUAAACUCUACCUUUCUUCCCAUGGUCCACUUUUCCCGGUCCGCCGGCUUCAAGAGACAGCUUAAAAACAUCCAAAGUAAGAUAAUUAGAACGCUGAGACUAACGGGCAGCAAGAAAACCGUAGCAAUAACCGAUUCUAAAAGAGGGGCCACCAUGAGGACAGUAGGGAGAUCUGACUAUAACGGGGAUAUUAUGAGCGGUUCUGUUAACGACCAGCUAGACGAGAACAAAAGUAAAAACAAUCUGAUUAACAAUUUACAUAACAACCAUUUCCGUGUGGAUUCCCUGGCUCCAAAAGAGGUCACUCCGGUGACUUUGUGAGUGUGAUAUUUUAUGGUAACUAGUAGUGUUACUAUGGUAAAUAGUAGUGUUACUAUGGUAACUAGUAGUGUUACUAUGGUAACUAGUAGUGUUACUAUGGUAACUAGUAUUGUUACUAUGGUAACUAGUAGUGUUACUAUGGUAACUAGUAGUGUUACUAUGGUAACUAGUAGUGUUACUAUGGUAACUAGUAGUGUUACUAUGGUAACUAGUAGUGUUACUAUGGUAACUAGUAGUGUUACUAUGGUGAUCACGAGUCAAGAACUGUGUAAGGGUUGCUUUCAGUGUUUUGAGAUAUAUUGCGUAUAUUAAUUAUUAUG